CGUGCCUCUGCCUGUUUAAACUUGAUGUCAGAGAGGACUAUUAGACAGAAGUCUGUCUUAUCUGCAGUAGGUGGUUAGUCAAGCCGAGCAGUGCAUGUCUGUGCUGCCUGCCUGCAAGCGGGCAUCAUGUGGCCUUUAAGUAUUUAUGUGUCUGUCACAUGACACUUCCCUCAAAGUCUUUGUCACACAUGCCAACAUGAAAUCAUUUUUAAAGUCCUUCCCUUUGGUCAUUUUAAUUUGUUCAUUUCUGGUUGAGCAUAUCAAAAAUCUUUUGGUUACGGCUUAAAAAAAAAGAUGUUUUGACCUCCAGAGAGCCAAACAUCCUAAAACACCAACUUCUUUACAUCAAGUGUUCCUCUCCAAGGCCAGUUUUAAUCUUUUAUAAAUGCAUGUACAGUAUCAGAUGACACUGUGAUCAAAGUAAAACACUAUAUUUUGAUGUAUUUGCAAUAGAUGACCCACCCCUUUUAGUAUGUUAAUGAUACUUGACUAGACUUAAGUUAAACUAGUUUUGAAGAAGCUAUCAGGUUAUUUAGGUUAUUUAUUUUUUUUAAUAUUCUAUCAAUGGGACUGUUUCUGAGGUCACUAAAUCCCCUUACAGGCUUUACACUGCCUGUCAUUUUAUGGUCACAUAGUACUUUAUUUUAGAAGGAGCAAACCUCACAUUUAAAUCUUCUUUUUUUGCUUGUGUGUCUGCCUAUGUUUGUCCAGUUUAAGUGUACUAGCAUUCUUUGAUUAAUAGUCAUAGUCUGAACUACUGUACUGGCGGGAAUUGUACCUGGUGGUCAGUAAAGACAUAAUUUACUAAAUUAAUUUAAACCGAACAUGCUAGCAUUGAUAUGAAAUGUAUUUUUGAUAUAAACCAAUGAUUUAAACUCACUCUUUUUGCUCACACAGUGAAAUCGGUCAGACUAGACCCAGAUCUUGUUACCUGGUGAUCUGGUAGCUAUUUGCAUUAUUUAGACAUUGGUCAAGGUCUACCUAUAGUUGGAGGAUCUUGUUCAAAGUUGCACAUUUUUUGGAUUUAUUGAUUAGAAUAAAUUUUUUCAGUGGUACCUACCCCCUUUGCCAGACAUGUCACUAAUCAUUAACCAGCUUUACACUGUUAGACCUCACAAAGCUUGCAUGCAAAGCUUUAUAGGGGUUUAGUGUCCUAGUUCCCAAAUCCACAGUGAUCAGGCCACAAACCUUGUAAUUAAGAUAGCACAGCUGUAUUUUUAGCCUGCUUCUACGGGCAGCCAGUUCAUUAUAGUCUAAACAAAACUGAUGUUGCCACAAACUGUUGUCUCCACCCUGUGGCUUGCUACAAGCCAACAUGUAAACGUGCAGCUAAGCAAGCCAAUGUGUCACUGUCAUUUUAAUUUACAGGCACGAUUAAGAGGGACAGUAAUUUAUAUGUUUUUAUAAAGACGAUAACAGGCCUUUCUACAUGAUUGUUAAUUAUAUUCAAGACCAAUAGAAUUUUGUUCCAGUGCGUGUUCUGUAUUGCAAGAUUUUCCAAGUUAGACCACAAAAUGACCAGUUACAAACCAUGACCAAUGUGGUCUGAAAUAAUUGAUCACUGUAAAACCAUAUUUGCUAGGAAACACUGACCUGAACAUGGCAAUGAGAAACCAGAUAUUGUCUGUCCACAGCAUUUCUGUGGAAAACAGCAUAGCUUCAUUGAUGGAGAUAUUAUGCACUAAACUUUCAUGACACACAUAAUGUAAGAUACUGUGUUUACAAUACACUGCCAACCCAAGAAUUUAUGUAUGUAAAGGGUGAAGAUGGUAAUGUUCUUGGUAACCUAUUCCGUCCUGCUGUGUUUAGUAAUUAAACAGAAACAUUGUUGUAAAAUAGGGGAGUGUUGAAAAUUGAUGUCAGUUGUUGCACAAGAACUUCCUGGGGUCCUGUCAAAUGCUGUAAUGCUGCAACAUAACUGACUCACUAAGCUCUCCAUCCUGUCCUGGAAAUGAAUGUAAGAAAUCGUUAAAAAAGGGUGGAUUGACAGGAAUACAGGCAUAUGUAUUGCAAAACUUUGCUGGGCUGGGACAAUUUGGGUGAAAUCAGUGUUGUCUUUAUAUAUUUUUUAUCUCUACAGUAUAUGUUACAAUAUGUUUUAGGUAUUCUAAUGUCAAAUCAAAAUGGUGUUCAUUGGAUCAUGUCAAACUUUAAAAUUGUUAUCACCAAUGUAUACGUCAGUGUUGUUCAUCCUGAUAUCAUACUAUCAUGUCAUCACUAUAUGAUUCCACAGAGCAACUGUUAUUAUCCGCAUUGAAUCCUGGCCCAGACCAAUCAUUUCCACUAUUGCUGUGUCCACAAGAUGGCAGCCCACAACUAUUGUGUCCCACUAGGAAAGCACAAUGGCUGAGGAGUCCCAUAGAAGCUCAGCCGCUGAGAUCCCAGUCACAAGCAAUGGAGACCUGGAUCAGAGCCCUGAGACAGUAUUCCAGAGGGACUCUUACCCCAGUGGCCCUGUGGCCCUAAACCUAUCAGAGUCCUGUGUCACUUCUGGCAACUUCGCUUCAACAACAGAGGGCAUCAUUGAAUCAGGACCUUACAAAGGGUCAGCAAGCCUGCCCACGUCUCCCGUGGCAUCUGUAGCUCCCAGCUCAGCUGUUGCUUGCCGCCUGGCACGCUCUUCCAGCGAUAGUCAGGCUGAGAAAGGCGUGAUGAAUCCACAGCCACAGAGUGGAGCGGUGGUCCUUUCAGAGGACUUAAAGAACCCAGCCAUGGAAAAACUGGACCUUGUGAGAAAGUGGAGCAUCAACACAUAUAAAUGUACCAGGCAGAUCCUGUCAGAGAAGCUGGGUCGGGGCUCGAGGACUGUAGACAUGGAGCUGGAGGCUCAAAUCGAAGUCCUCCGUGACAACAAGAGAAAGUACCAGCAUGUAAUCAAGCUGGCUCAGACGCUGGCCAGUCAGCUGUCCCAGAUGAUGCAGACACAGAGGCAGCUGGGCGACGCCUUCGCUGACCUCAGCCUCAAGUCACCAGAACUCCAUGAGGAGUUUGGUUACAACGCUGACACCCAAAAGCUUUUGUCCAAAAAUGGAGAGACACUGCUGGGUGCAAUCACCUUUUUCAUCUCCAGUGUUAACACACUUGUGGACAAAACAAUCGAAGACACCAUGCUUAAUAUCAAACAGUAUGAAUUUGCCAGGGUUGAGUAUGACGCAUACCGUACAGAUUUGGAGGAGUUGAAUCUGGGACCCCGUGAUGCCACCACCAUGCCCAAGAUUGAGCUGUCCCAGCAGCAGUUCCAGAUCCACCGCGAGAAGUACGAGAGGAUGCGAAACGACGUCGCCGUCAAGCUGAAAUUCCUGGAAGAGAACAAGGUGAAGGUACUGCAUAACCAGCUCAUCCUGUUCCACAAUGCCAUAGCUGCAUACUACGCUGGAAACCAACAGCAGCUGGAACAGACACUCAAGCAGUUCCACAUCAAGUUGAAAAUGCCAGGUGGGGACAGUCCGUCUUGGCUGGAAGAGCACUAAUCACUCCUUUUGAAGCCAUAGUGGCUCAGUUUGACAGGAAAUGUCAAAUUCUACAGAAACUACAGGAACCCCCCUUCUCCCUUCAACUCUACUGUCACUGCCUUUCAAACUUUCAGAAUUGUAAAUCUUUUAACUCAAUACAGAAAAUGAAAAGAAAAACUCCUACAAUCCGUUUUACUCUUGAUGUUAAAUCAUCCUUUUCAUCUUGCAGUUAUUUCAAAUCAUAGAAAAUGCACUUUUAUACUGUUUGAGAAAUCUGUUGAAUAGGAGUUGCUGCAGUAAACACGUUUGGAAACUGUAAAUGGCCUUUUUGUAUUCCAGCAUAUGAAUGUUGUAUCUCGGCACGGCGGACAUGUUGGCUCUGUAAGGGCAGCUACGGGAUCAAAAUAACAUUAUUUACAUGACUCUUAUCAGCUGACUGAGAUGGGGACGAAUACUUUAUAAAACUGUAUUCAGGAAGCUUCAGGGCACUCUGAACAUGAAUUCUCUCAUGAUUUGACACCUGUUGAGAUAAACAGGGCAAAAUGGCAUUCAGAUUUCUUCAUUCAUGUAAAUGCAAACUGGUCACUUUUAUCAGUAAACUCUGAUUAAAGUAAGAAAAGAUAUUUUUGGAAAUAUGCUUAUUUGCUGAGACUUAGAUGAGAACCUACAACCAGCAGCCGCUUAGCUUAGUUUAGCAUAAAGACUGGAAACGGGCGGAAACAACUAACCUGGCUUGGUCCAAAGGUAAAUUCUGCCUACCAGCAUAUGUAAACCUCACUAAUACAAAAACCAAAGUGUAAAAAAUCAAGUAGUGGUUUUACUGGAGGUUAUGUGCCUUAGGACAGAGCCAGGCUAACAGUUUCCACCUGAUUCCAGUCUUUAUGCCAAGCUAAGCUAACCAGCUGUCGGCAAGAAAACAAAUUUCCUUUGUUUUGUUGUGUUUCUUUUUUUUUUUUUUUUUUUUUUUUUAUAGAAUUUCCCUAUUUUGUCUACAUUCAUGGCAUACGACUGAAUAGGUAAAAGUGUUCAAUUCCAGAGAAAAUGAAGGACCAGCCUUAUGUGACUAAAUGUGCCUUGAUUUCUUGAAUUAGUUCUUCUCUUACCCUCCGAGCUAUAGUGAUAUCUGGUCUUGUUAUUGAAAACAGGCACUCUCACUACCAGUUUUCAGGACCAAUUCUUGAAGGAAGAGAACGGACCAAACGUGCACACACACGUGCACACGCACACACUCUGAGGACAUUAGAGUCUGUACAACUUUACAUGUUAACCCUCCACACAACACAAAAUGAUAGCUGUGUUAAAUAAAUACUCCAGUAACUUCAGAAAGUCUAAUUAUAAUUUAAGACUUGCUGUUCUCAAAGAUAUUUAUCCAUAUUGCACAUAUGCACAUUUAUGCAUUUGAGACUAAUUACAAAAAAAACUUAUAAGAACUGUAUGAUAUGUAAGGUGAAAACCAAAAUGCGAACUUGAGAAACUUUUUGUCUUUUGUAAAUUUGAAAGACCAGCAUCCUUUGCCUGAGCUGCUAACAGUUUCAUGUCAUUGGGAUAUAUAAAAGUAUGUUUUUCAAAGAGGACAUAUUGUAUGCUGGUAUUGAUCACCAGCUGUCAUGCCCUCACUUUGUUGAUUUGUACUUUUCCAACGGCUCACCAUAGCAGUUUGAGAGUGUGAAUCUUGUACAACAAUCUAUUGUUUCCCUGAAAUAGAUGGAUAUAUAUAUAUAUUUGUAAUUUUCUCUAUUUUACCUUGAGUAUGUAGUCUAUGACCAAUGCCAUUUUUCUGAAGACCUACAGAAAGAUGUACUAGUAUGUGCUAGUGUAUCUCUACCUUUUGUAAUAAUGAAACAUUAACAAAUGUUAAGAAAGGAUUCUGAAUGUUGUGUAACCUCUUUGGGAAAAUUAAAGUUUCUUUUCUCUAA